GCAAAGAAGUGUUCGUCUGUGAGACAGCCGUGUCCAGUUUCCAGUCUAUCCUAGACAUUUUGGGUGGACAGGCAGAGAAAAGACGUGCGGCAGAGCUGUUGGAACGUGUCCGUGUGGUUCAGGAUCAACCGUCUCAGCGAGCUUUAGCCCUGGACUGCCAAGGGCGUGUCAAAGAAAGAUCCAAGGUGAUAUUUGGUACUGGCGACUGCCUACAAGCUGUCACAGUGACUUCCAACAUGGGAUUUGUGAGAGCAGCAAGAAGUCAGGGUGUGGUGUUUUCUGUCUACCUGCAUGCAGCCAGAGCUCUGACUGAGGAAAAAGAAAGGCUUGCAGUACCAGUUGUGAAAGAAUUGUAG